AUGAAUUUAACACGAGAAAAUUUUCGUACAUUAUUUUUUUAUGACUUUCGAUGUAAUUUAAGUCAACAAGAAAGUUAUGAUAGACUUCGAUUGGCCAUUCACGAUGAAGCCCCAUCUCGUGCUACUGUUUACAACUGGUUUAAUGAGUUUAAACGUGGUUACAGUAAUCUCACCGAUGAUCUGCGUGAGGGACGGCCUUCUACGGCAACGACUGAAGAUAACAUCAGUGUUGUGCGGCGUAUGAUACAGACUGACAAAAGAGUGACUUAUCAGCAGAUUCGAGCAAGUUUAGGCAUCGGUAUGAGUCAAGUGCACAAAAUCUUCCAUGAACAUUUAGCGAUCAGGAAGCUUUGUGCCCGGUGGAUACCUCAUAAUUUGACACACGCCCAAAAACUCCGUCGUGUUGAUUGGUGUCGUGAAUUGCUUCAAAGGUUUAACAAUUUAUUUGAAAGUUAUAGAUCAUUCAAUUUCAAUGAUUGUAUUAUCAUUCCUAAUUAA